UGGGCUGAGGAGUGCAUGUCGCCCAGCUCCAUGUGUGCGUGGUUUCAGGCCCUAGAAACAUUGUGGAUUCGCUUGCCUUCCUCCUUCUGAAGACUAGAGGUCGGCCGACAGGUUUGGGAGGUUUGAAAUGCGGGGCUGAUUUCUUUCCUAUUUUCUGGUUCUGCCCGCGGGAACCUUCAGGAAAGCGUGGAAAGACGGGCAGGGCGUGUACUGCUGACCGGCCCCUAGCUGCCUCUGCACGGUCGUGGUGUCCCUCCCUGCGCUGCUGUAUGGAGUCAUUCGCUCGUCGCUUCUGGCCUACCUUUGUUAAUAGAAGUGCAAACGGAUGCAUUGAGAAGGGGGAAAGGGUGUUAAAAGAUCUUUACCCUACUCACCUUCCCCAAAGGCCCCAAAGACUUUGCAGAUUUAUCUAGUUUACCUACACGAGCAUUUGAAUGUUCAGCGUACAAGGGCUUCAAUAUUGAAGACAGUGGGAACUCCUGGCGUUUUAAGGGAUUUGUUAUAGUGCCUAAACUGACUUUUGACCACCAUCCAACACCUCAGCGUGAGAUUCCUGAGCGUCUUACCAUCCUGCGGCUCCAACAUGUUCUCCCGUUGGUUAAGUCGACUGUGCAGGGGAUUAUCCACACCCACCAGAAGGACCACCCAAUUGAUCUGGAGUUCUGCCUCCCGAAGGCUGGUACUGAGUUCACAGAGGAGAAUUCCAGAACUCAGUAGCUUUGUUGCCCGGACCAACACGUGUGGAGAGUUGCGUUCUUCUCACUUAGGCCAAGAAGUCACCUUGUGUGGAUGGAUUCAGUUCCGAAGGCAAAAUAUCUUCCUGGUCCUAAGAGAUUUCCAUGGACUUGUUCAAGUUGUCAUUCCCCAGGAUGAGUCUGCUGCUUCAGUGAAGAAGAUUUUAUGUGAAGCCCCCAUGGAAUCUGUGGUGCAAGUGUCUGGGACAGUAAUUUCCCGACCUCCAGGACAAGAGAAUCCAAAAAUGCCAACAGGUGAGAUUGAAAUCAAAGUUAAGACAGCUAAACUUCUGAAUUCCUGCAAGAAGCUGCCCUUUGAAAUUAAGGACUUUAUGAAGAAAACAGAGGCUCUUCGUUUGCAGUACCGCUACUUAGAUUUGCGUAGUGUCCAAAUGCAGUAUAACCUGCGACUGAGAUCCCAGAUGGUCAUGAAAAUGCGGGAAUAUCUCUGUAAUCUACAUGGUUUUGUGGAUGUAGAAACACCAACAUUAUUUAAGAGGACUCCAGGGGGUGCAAAAGAGUUUGUAAUACCAUCCAGGGAACCUGGGAAGUUUUAUUCUCUCCCUCAGAGUCCUCAACAGUUUAAGCAGCUUCUGAUGGUUGGUGGUCUAGACAGAUAUUUUCAGGUUGCCCGAUGUUAUCGAGAUGAAGGUUCGAGACCAGACAGACAGCCCGAAUUUACUCAGAUUGACAUAGAGAUGUCCUUUGUAGACCAGACAGGCAUCCAGAGUCUGAUUGAGGGCUUGCUCCAGUAUUCGUGGCCCAGUGACAAAGAUCCCGUGGUGGUCCCUUUUCCUUCUAUGCCUUUUGCUGAGGCAUUGGCCAGCUAUGGAACUGAUAAACCUGACACUCGCUUUGGGAUGAAGAUUGUAGAUAUCAGUGACAUGUUCAGAAACACAGAAGUUGGAUUUCUCCAAGAUGCCCUUAGUAAACCCCAAGGGACUGUCAAAGCUAUAUGUAUCCAUAAAGGAGCAAAAUACUUGAAAAGGAAGGACAUUGAGUCCAUUAGAAAAUUUGCAGCUGACCAUUUUAAUGAGGAAGUCUUACCUAUAUUCCUGAAAACCAAUGAAAACUGGAAUUCUCCAGUUGCUAAGUUCAUAAUGGAGGAGCAAGGCUUGGGACUCGUCAGACUGUUGGAGACCCAAGAGGAGGAUGUGGUCCUGCUCACUGCCGGAGAGCACAAGAGAGCAUGCUCUUUGAUGGGAAAAUUACGACUGGAGUGUGCUGACCUUCUAGAAGCAAGAGGAGUGGUGCUUCGUGACCCAGCUCUGUUCUCCUUCCUUUGGGUGGUGGAUUUCCCCCUCUUCCUUCCCAAGGAGGAAAAUCCCCAAGAGCUGGAGUCAGCCCACCACCCGUUUACUGCUCCCCAUCCGAGUGACAUUCACCUUCUUUACACUGAGCCCCUCAAGGUCCGUAGCCAACACUAUGACUUGGUUUUAAACGGCAAUGAGAUAGGAGGUGGUUCUAUCCGAAUUCAUAAUUCAGAGCUUCAGCAUUAUGUCCUGGCCACAGUACUAAAGGAAGAUGUGAAAUUGCUCUCCCAUCUGCUCCAGGCUUUAGAUUAUGGGGCGCCCCCUCAUGGAGGAAUUGCUUUAGGGUUAGACAGACUGAUGUGCCUUGUCACUGGAGCACCAAGCAUCAGAGAUGUCAUAGCCUUCCCCAAAUCCUUCCGGGGGCACGACCUCAUGAGCAAUGCCCCAGAUUCUAUCCCUCCUGAGGAACUGAAGCCCUAUCACAUCCAGGUCUCCUGGCCAACAGAUGCAGAAACAGAAAAGAGCUCAUCGAAUCAUCCAUGCCAUUCAGAAAGUUGAGCUGUUGAAUUUUGUCCCUUGUUUCCCCAAGGCUAAAAUCAGAUCUGGAGUUCGACCACAGAUCUGACUUCAAGUUUUUAGAUGGAAGAAAUCCAGGCUACAUUCUUUCACCUCAAUGAAGAAACAGAUAAAAGGCAUCCAGUUUUUAUGAUAACGUGCAUUACUAGGAUUAUCUAGAACUUUUUUGAAGUUUCUUUUUAUUUGGAAAGGUGUGAAAGAUGGCUCUUUGUUG